AUGCAAAGGAAAGGCGGGUAUUUUCGAAGCGACCGUGAAAAGAGAUUUGAAAGUAGCCGCGAUCCUAGUGUCCUGUUGUCCUGGAGUCUGGACAGGAUACUCCAGAUAAGCGAUAACGCGAACAGUAACCUCCAGGAGACGACGGUGGAGAACAGACUCUGUGUGAUGAGGUCAUCGUAUGGUUUUUUAGCCGCGCCGGCAGUCGCGACGCGGAGCGCCCGUACGCCGGCUGCUACGUAUAAUCCUGUGGCAGGGACAUGCCUGCCAUGUGCCUAUCCAUAGGUAGGCUGACGUAUCGUAUCUUUGAUCGCGAGUACAACGUGUCCUCCUUCCUCUUCGGUGUCACGAAAGCAUCGUACGUACGUGAACACGUUCACCUUCCUUUUAAUUCGUCCGCGGCGAGUUACCGGUUCCACGGCAGAUUACAUUUUUCAGUGAGUUUCGAUGGAGGGGGCGGUGUUCCGAAGGAUACCACGUGUUUCGGGGUACGACGAGCGAAAUAUCGCGGCGCAGGCGCGAACCACCGAAGCUCGUAGUCGACGAGUUUGAAAUCUCUUAUCGCAGACCCGAAGCGUGCCUCUCCAUGAAACGGUCCGUGUUUUCUUGUCCUCGGAACGGCGAACGUUGAUUCUCGCGUGUGCCCGACGCGAUGCCACCGGAUACAUGGAGUGUCGGAUUCGAGCUUGCUCACGGGAAUCGAUAAUCAGUUGCUCGCAAAACCUCGAGAUCGUUCGAUCGAAAUCUAACCUCGAUCGUCGUUUCGGCGUGAACGUUUUCUCAUUCGCGAGAUUAGUUCGUGUUUAA